CUAGAUCUAAAUACCUCGAGGGAUAACAAAAGAUAUUAGAAUAGGACUUGUGCCCUUGUUUUUCUCUAUGCCCUUGGCUUAUAUAUAUUAAAAUGUGAAGAAAAAAAGGGCCUGGUAUAAAGAACAAAAAACCAAGUGAUCUACCAACCAAACACUCAUCUUUUCUUUCUUCCUCACUUCCUACAAACAACAAUGGAUUCAUCACCAAAUCUCAGACAUCAUGCCAAGGAUGUUCCAACACAAUGUGAAACCUUCCUUCCCGGUAAGUAUCCAUCUUCUCGCCGAACCGCUUCAUUCUCCUCUUAUUCAUCAUCACUUUCACCUUCAUCUUCUUCCCUUGAAUCAUUCUAUUUUCUUGAUGAUCCUCUUCUAAGCCCUGCCACUCCACUUAGAUUCUCAGGUGUCCCAUUUUCUUGGGAACAUUUACCUGGAAUUCCCAAGAAACACAAUAAUUCCAAGAAAAAUCAUAAAUCAUCCAUGAAACUAUUACCAUUACCCCCUCCUACUAUUACUACAAGUACUACCACACACUCUUCUAAAAAGCUUAAUCAUGAAGAUACCAAGAUUAGGAAGAAGAAUUCAAUUCAAAGGGAUGAUCCUUUCUUUGCUGCAAUGGUUAAAUGCUCAAAGGAUGAUGAUGAUCAUGAAGAAACAAUUGGCAAUUUAUGGACUAAUGGAGAUAAGGUUUCAAGGAGUAUUAGUGAUCGUUUUGGAUUUAUUAGCCUUUAUGGUUCUUGCAAGAGAACUUGUGCAGUUUCUGAAUCUUUAGUUUACCUUCCAAGCACAAGAAGAAGCACUUAUCAAAAAGUUAAUGGCAGGUCCCUUUGAGAUUUUUCCAAUCAGUGAUCCCAAAAUCUACUUGUGUUCAUGUUGUUAAUUACUAGAAAGAGGUAUCUUGUUACUUUUUUUUUAACUUUUUAAUUAAACCUUGAUCUUUGUUUUAUUGUUUCUAAAAUAUGGUAUGUAAAGACAAGUAUGUCUUUGGAAACCUAAGUUAUUACUAUUGUAAUAUAUUAUCACAAGUAUAGGAAGCAGUGUUUAUUUUUAAUCAUUUUGUUUUUUGGAAUUUUGUGGCAUUAGACAUCUAAAUCUCUGAAUACAAUAUAUGCUCUUUGCUGUAUGUCAUGAGAUGUAUCAUAUUAUGAGUGAAAUUUACAUGAUCCCAUGUGGGAAUAAUGUAUAGGACCAUGGUGGAAAGAUACUUCCAAA